GUGGGGUUUUAGAACCACUGUGGCAAAACAAUACCCUAGAACCAUAGGCCAAAGCACCGCCAACCCAAAUUCUCCUUCUACCGCUGCCUUCUGUCUCUGUCUCUUCCUCAUAUAAAUGCUCACCCUGCUUCCAGAACCUGUCGUCUCUAUCUUUCCCUUUCUGCGCUAAAACCCUCUUUUUAGAGCUGGGAGGGAAUUUCAAAAGCAAUUCAAAGGAACCCAUAAAAUCGUUCUGAUUUCUAAACCCCAACAGAUAGCUUAGUUUUGGAAAUUCAUGGCAAACAUACUUGAUCAAGAUCAGCAAUGGCUUCUCAACUGCUUGACUGCCACUCUUGACCCUAACCAGGAAGUUCGUUCUUUCGCUGAAGCUUCACUCAAUCAGGCCUCUCUUCAACCAGGUUUUGGAGGGGCACUAUCCAAGGUUGCUGCAAACAGGGAGCUUUCUUUGGGAUUGCGACAGUUAGCAGCUGUUCUUCUAAAGCAAUUCAUCAAGAAACACUGGCAAGAAGGUGAGGACUCUUUUGAACAUCCUGCUGUGUCAAAUGAAGAAAAGGAGGUUAUACGCAGACUUCUUUUAGCUUCAUUGGAUGAUUCUUACAGAAAAAUCUGCACAGCAAUUAGUAUGGCUAUAGCAUCAGUUGCUAUGUAUGACUGGCCUGAGGGUUGGCCUGACCUAUUGCCUUCCCUUUUGAAGUUGAUUACUGAUCAAACCAAUAUGAAUAGAGUACAUGGAGCUCUAAGGUGCUUGGCUCUUCUUUCUGGAGACUUGGAUGAUACAAUGGUGCCAACACUAGUCCCUGUUUUGUUUCCAUGCUUGCACACAAUUGUAUCUUCCCCUCAGAUAUAUGACAACUAUUUGCGCACAAAGGCUCUUUCAAUAGUUUAUUCUUGCACAUCCAUGCUUGGGGCUAUGAGUGGUGUGUAUAAGACAGAAACCAGUGCACUGAUGACAACGAUGCUUAAACCAUUGAUGGAUCAGUUCUCUAUGAUCUUAGGACAGUCUGUGCAACCUGAAGAUCCUGAUGACUGGAGCCUGAGAAUGGGGGUUUUAAAGUGCUUAAAUCAGUUUGUUCAGAAUUUCCCCAGCCUUACUGAAAGUGAAUUCGUGGUUGUUGUGGGACCUUUGUGGCAAACAUUUGUAACGUCUCUAAGAGUAUACAUGCGGUCAUCAGUUGAAGGUACAGAAGAUCCCUAUGAGGGUAGAUAUGAUUCUGAUGGUGUGGAGAUAACUCUUGAUUCAUUUGUCAUCCAGCUUUUUGAGUUUUUGUCGACUGUUGUGGGCAGUGCAAAACUAAUGAAGGUUGUUGGGAAUAAUAUUAAGGAGUUGGUUUAUUACACCAUUGCUUUUCUGCAAAUGACAGAACAACAGGUUCAUACGUGGUCAAUGGAUGCUAAUCAGUUUGUCGCUGAUGAGGAUGAUGUCACUUAUAGCUGUCGUGUUUCUGGUGUGCUUCUGCUAGAGGAGGUGGUGAAUUCUUUUGGUGGAGAAGGAAUGAAUGCUAUCAUAGAUGCUGUGAGAGACAGAUUCAAUGAGUCUCGACAAGAAAAAGCUGCUGGUUCAUUAGUUUGGUGGAGGAUGAGGGAGUCUACACUCUUUGCUUUGGCUUCUCUGUCAGAACAAUUGCUUGAAGCAGAGGCUUCAGGUCUGACAAAUAUUAGCUUAGGAAACCUUGUAGAGCAAAUGAUUACUGAAGACAUUGGAACAAGGGUGCAUGAAUAUCCCUUUCUUUAUGCUCGUAUUUUCACCUCAGUUGCUAAGUUCUCCACUGUGAUCAGCCAUGGAGUUCUUGAGCAUUAUCUCUCUGCUGCAAUCCAGGCAGUUGGCAUGGAUGUGCCCCCACCUGUGAAAGUAGGUGCUUGCCGGGCACUUUCCCAACUCCUACCUGAAGCUAACAAAGGAAUUAUUCAGCCUCAUAUGAUGAGUUUAUUUACUUCGCUUACAGAUCUUCUUCAUCAGGCAUCUGAAGAAACUUUGCACCUAGUACUUGAAACACUGCAGGCAGCAAUUAAGGCAGCUCAUGAAGCAUCAGUAGUGGUUGAGUCCAUUAUCUCUCCUGUAAUCCUUCAUACAUGGGCAGUUCAUAUUUCUGAUCCCUUUAUUAGUAUUGAUGCCAUUGAGGUUCUGGAGGCAAUAAAAAAUGCUCCUGGCUGUUUUCGUCCAUUGGUUUCUCGAAUUUUGCCACAUAUUGGGCCAAUCUUAAAUAAACCACACCAACAGCCUGAUGGACUUGUAGCUGGAUCCUUGGAUCUGGUAACUAUGCUAUUAAAGAAUGCUCCAAAUGACGUAAUAAAAGCUGUAUAUGAUGUUUGUUUUGAUGCUGUUAUACGGAUAGUCCUUCAAAGUCAAGAUCACAGUGAAAUGCAGAAUGCCACAGAAUGUUUGGCUGCUUUUGUAUCUAGUGGAAGGCAAGAAAUGCUUGCUUGGGCUGCUGAUUCUGGAUUCACAAUGAGAAGUUUGCUUGAUGCAGCUUCAAGGCUUCUUGACCCUGAUCUGGAAAGCUCUGGAUCUCUUUUUGUUGGACGAUACAUUUUGCAACUCAUGUUACAUUUGCCAUUGCAAAUGGCGCAGCAUGUCCAAGAUCUUGUUGCUGCUCUUGCUAGGCGAAUGCAAACAGCUCAAAUAGCGGGAUUGAGAAGCUCCUUGUUACUUAUUUUUGCUAGAUUGGUCCAUAUGAGUGCCCCUAAUGUUGAACAGUUCAUAGAUAUGCUGAUCAGUAUCCCUGCUGCAGGCUAUGAAAAUUCCUUUGUUUAUGUAAUGUCAGAAUGGACUAAACAACAAGGGGAGAUACAAGGGGCUUAUCAAAUUAAGGUUUCAACCACUGCUUUGUCCUUGCUGCUAUCCACGAGACAUGCUGAACUAGGGAAAGUUAAUGUACAGGGUCAUUUGCUGAAGUCUAAUGCAGGGAUAACUACUCGCUCAAAAGCUAAAUUAGCUCCGGAUCAGUGGACUGUUGUGCCACUUCCUGAAAAGAUACUGGCUUUAUUGGCUGAUGCAUUGAUUGAAAUCCAAGAGCAAGUGACUGUUGGUGAUGAUGUGGAGAGUGACUGGGAAGAAAUUCAGGAAGGAGAUGUGGAAUCUGAUAAAAAUUUGUUCUCUGCUGCCCGUACAUCAUGUGGCAGAACCACAUAUGAUCAACUUGAAGCAAUGGCAAAAGCUUUUAACGAGAAUGAAGAGGAUGGGGAUGAUGAUGACUUAUUCCAUGUUGCUGAUCCACUGAAUGAGAUUAAUUUGGCAAGUUAUCUAGCAGAGUUCUUUGUUAAGUUCUCUCACAGCAACAGAGGGCUGUUUGAUCAUCUUUGCCAGGGUUUAACACAGGCUCAACAAGAUGCCAUUCGGACAGUACUAGAACGUUGAGAUGUUUAUUAGGCGUGCUUGUGACUAUGGAUUUUUGCUACGUUGGGUGCUAUUUGUAUUUUCUCGUCUUUAUUAUUAUCAUUGGCUUCCUUGAGGGAUUGUGGGCAAAGUUAUUCCACUGAUUGAACAAGAAACUGCUGAGUUGAGUUUGUAAAGCGAAAAUGUAUUUUUCAUUCUCGAUUGUAUUCUAUUUUUUUUUUUUCUUGGAAUUAUCGAUUGUAUUUAAUUUUUUUUCCCCUGUGAAUAUAGCAAAUUCCAUGGACAACUUCAAAAGUUGUGAAUA